AUGGCAAACACAAAGAAAUCCGCUCAGACAGACCGAUGCCCAAUUGAAAUGGUCGCUCGUGCUAAUUCACAAGAAGAAUCUUGUAUCAGAAGUAGUCUUCCAGUUAUAAAUUCCAAAACAUGUCUAGUUCAUACACGACGCCAUGGUCGGAAUGAUUUAAAAUACUCUACAAAUCAUCAUGGUCGAUCUAAUCAUUCUCCAGCAAAGGAUGUGUUUGGUAAGAGAGAACCACCAGAAAUUCAACCGGCAUCACGACGAUAUCCACGAAAACUGCCGAAAGCUUUAAUAGGACAAGACUUUCUAAUGAGUUGGCUUUCCCAUGCCUCUGAUCGCUCCGAACACUUUCCAGAAAUAAUUGACUAUCAGAAUAAAAGAUCUAAAACUAGAAGUAGUGACCAGACAUAUUCGACAGCUAAUGAAUAA